CAUUGAGCUUCCAUCAGCAGGGCUGGGAGACAAGUCUCCUUCAUCUGACUUUCUUUCUCCUGUCCUGACCAGGAGGGGAAGUUAAAAUCUGGAGAGGGGAUCAGUCUGAAGCGAAAUCUAAUUUUUUCCUUCCUUUCUAACCAAACUGGAUAUAGCCCAGCGGAAUUAUACAGAACCCAGCAGUUUGUAGAACACCCCAAACUGGAUAACAGACUCCAUGAGUAGAAGGGGGGGUACUGGUGAAGCUAUAUUCUGAUUUCUACAAAGAUCUCAAGAACCAAGGAGAGAAUUUCCAAAAUGGAUUACAGUUCAUUUACCGGUGCACCGCGGUUUCUCACCAGACCGAAGGCGUUCAUGAUGUCUGUGGGGAAGGAUGCUUCACUGAGCUGCCAAAUUAUUGGGAACCCCAUACCCAUGGUCACCUGGGAGAAGGACAAACUGCCAAUAAUGUCAGGAGGUCGAUAUAAAACGGUGGAAGAUGGCAAUUUAUACCGACUCACCAUAUACGAUCUAAACUUCGGAGAUAGCGGUCAAUAUAUUUGCAAGGCGAAUAACAAUAUUGGUGAGGCAUUUGCUGCUGUUACAAUCAAAGUUGGCGAUGGUAAGGAGAGCCCCGUCACCGAAUGUGCUCCAUUUUUUAUCUUGAAACCAAUCACCACUAGGGGGAGUCUUGGAGAAGAAGCUUCCUUUAAUUGCAGAGUUCAAGGUACCCCAACUCCUUCUGUUAAUUGGGAGAAAGAUGGUAAACAACUUGGUACUGGCACGGAUUCCAACCGUAUUCGAAUUGCGGCUGAUGGUGAGUCCAGCUCACUAAGGAUACAUUGUAUUCGGUUUUCAGACAGCGGAACAUAUAUAUGUAGAGCGGAAAAUCCUAUAGGUCAAGCAACCGCGUCUGCUUCUCUGCUGAUUGAAUCAUUUAACAGUCAUAAUGCAAACAGUACGAGUGGUCUAGAGACAGGAUACAGCAAAAGCUCCUCACUGUUAUCUCACCUGCAGAAGCGGCGCGAAGAAAUGAGAAAAUCGGAGCUGUCUAUCCAUGGCUCUUAUGAAACCAAUUCUACUUUCUCGGCUAUAGAUCCUCAUUCUGGUCUCGGACUCAGUUUGUCUAGGGACUAUGAAAGGGCAGCAUCUCUUACACCAAAAACCCGCGAGGGGUCCUUUGGUGUUCUCACACGUACCUGUACGGUCACUGAGGGCAAGCACGCAAAAAUGAGCUGCUAUGUUACAGGUGAACCCAAGCCGGAGAUAGUUUGGAAAAAGGAUGGGGAGGUGAUUACAGAGGGACGAAGGCACGUUGUGUAUGAAGAUGAGCAAGAGAAUUUUGUACUGAAAAUUCUUUUUUGCAAGCAAAUUGACAACGGCUUAUAUACCUGCACCGCAUCCAAUCUGGCAGGGCAGACCUACAGCUCUGUGCUCGUUAUAGUAAAAGAACCUAGAGUACCAUUCAAAUCAAAGCUGAGAGACCUGGAAGUCCGAGAGAAGGAGACAGCCACAUUCCAAUGUGAGGUCCCUCUUCCCAUUACGGAAUCAUCCUGGUAUAAGGAAGAGACACAAAUUGAGCAGAGCAGCAAGUACAACAUCGAGGAACAAGGAACCGUUAGGAGACUUACCAUCCAAAAUGUCACAGCAGAUGAUGAUGCAGUAUACAUCUGUGAGAUGAAAGAAGGCAGUAGGACUAUCGCCGAAUUGUCUGUUCAAGGUAACAUAAUUAAGAAGCUUCCAAGAAGGACGGCAGUCCCGGUCAGUGACACGGCAAUCUUCUGUGUUGAGCUGGAUAAUGAAUGUGAGAAAGUCAGAUGGACACACAAUGGCGUGGAAGUAAAAACGGAAGGACGUACUUCUAUCACCUCCUCCGGCAAACAACACACAAUGAUAAUUCGUGAUUGUCAGAACAGUGAUUCUGGGGAGAUUUCAUUUAUAGCAGAUGAGUGUCGGACGUCUACCAAGUUCACGGUUUCCAUUUUACGAAAGCCUCCCGUAACUGCUCCUAUUAACCCUGUGGUGACAAACAAAACAGAAACUUCAGUUAAAUUAGCCUGGUCCCCUCCCCCAAUGGACCGACCAAUUGCCAUUGAUGGCUAUAUUAUAGAGCGAAAGAAGCUCGGAGCCAUGAGUUGGGUGAGGUGCCAUGGAACACCAAAUAUUCCUGCCUCAGAAUUCACGGUUAGCCACGUCCCAGAUGAAGGAAGCUUCCAAUUUAGAGUGAGUGCAGUGAAUACCUAUGGCCAGAGUCCUUACCUGGAGUUCCCAGGAACAUUUUAUCUAGAACCCCUACCUUCAGUUAAAACUCCACUGACACCUGUGGAAAUAACGGUGGGAGGAGAAGCCCUUUUCUCUAUUGAUCUCACCACCGUGUCUUCUGGUACCUGGCUACUAAACGGAAAAGUGAUACAAAGCAAUGAACAGUACACAAUCAAGAGGAUGAAGAAAACUCACUCUCUCAUCAUCAAGAAUGUCACUAAGGAAUACGACCUAACAGAAGUCAAAUUUACUUCCACCGGAAUCGAGAAUUCCACCAUCCUGAGAGUAAAAGCACUUCCUCACUUUGUAAACACGAAGAAGACCAAUGAUGUAAAAGUACUGUAUGGGGAACAAGCAGAAUUUGUUUCAGAGACAUCAGAAGAGAAUGUGGGAGCUUCUUGGUUUAAAGAUGGCAAAGAGAUUCGACUCUCCAAAAAAUUCCUCCUGGAAAUAGCAGGAAAGCACAACAAACUUGUCAUCUCCACAGUUAAAAAAGAAGAUGAAGGCGUGUACAUGUGUAAAAUUGGCAGCGACUCUGUUAUAUUUAAUUUAAAGGUUACCGAACCUGAACCUGCCUUCACCAACCAGGAGAAGGUACAGAGGGAGGUACAAGUUGCCCAGACUGAGACCGCCACCCUGAGCUGUGAGGUGUCCCAGGCCAAGACCGAGGUGAAGUGGUACAAGGAUGGGAAGCUGAUCACAUCUAGUAAGAAGGUCAAAGUGGAGUCUGAGGGCAAAUCCCGCCGUCUGGUGGUGGAGCAGGUGGAGAAGAAAGAUGGAGGAGAAUACAGCUGUGAGGCUGCCGGACAGAAAAUAAACUUCAGGAUUAAAGUUAAAGAACCCGAGCCUGCAUUCGCCAACCAGGAGAAGGUACAGAAGGAGGUACAAGUUGCCCUGAUGGAGACGGCCACCCUGAGCUGUGAGGUGUCCCAGGCCAAGACCGAGGUGAAGUGGUAUAAGGAUGGGAAGCUGAUCACCUCCAGCAAGAACGUUAGAGUGGAGUCUGAGGGCAAAUCCCGCCGUCUGGUUGUGGAGCAGGUGGAGAAGAAAGAUGGAGGGGAAUAUAGCUGUGAAGCUGCCGGACAGAAAAUCAACUUCAAGAUCAAAGUUAAAGAACCCGAACCUGCAUUCACCAACCAGGAUAAGGUGCAGAAGGAGGUACAGGUUGCCCUGACUGAGACCGCCUCCCUGAGCUGUGAGGUAUCCCAAGCCAAGACCGAGGUGAAGUGGUACAAGGAUGGUAAGCUUAUCACCUCCAGCAAGAAAGUGAAGGUGGAGUCCGAGGGCAAAUCCCGCCAUCUGGUGGUGGAACAGGUGGAGAAGAACGAUGCCGGAGAAUACAGCUGUGAGGCUGCCGGACAGAAAAUCAACUUCAAGAUUAAAGUUAAAGAACCCGAGCCUGCAUUCGCCAACCAGGAGAAGGUACAGAAGGAGGUACAUGUUGCCCUGACGGAGACGGCCACCCUGAGCUGUGAGGUGUCCCAGGCCAAGACCGAGGUGAAGUGGUACAAGGACGGGAAGCUGAUCACCUCCAGUAAGAAGGUCAAGGUGGAGUCUGAGGGCAAAUCCCGCCGUCUGGUGGUGGAACAGGUGGAGAAGAAAGAUGGAGGGGAAUAUAGCUGUGAGGCUGACGGACAGAAAAUCAACUUCAAGAUCAAAGUCAAAGAACCCGAACCUGCGUUUACCAACCAGGAUAAGGUGCAGAAGGAGGUACAGGUUGCCCAGACUGAGACUGCCUCCCUGAGCUGUGAGGUAUCCCAGGCCAAGACCGAGGUGAAGUGGUACAAGGAUGGUAAGCUUAUCACCUCCAGCAAGAAAGUGAAGAUGGAGUCCGAGGGCAAAUCCCGUCGUCUGGUGGUGGAACAGGUGGAGAAGAACGAUGCCGGAGAAUACAGCUGUGAGGCUGCCGGACAGAAAAUCAACUUCAAAAUUAAAGUUAAAGAACACAAGCCUGUCUUCAUCAAUCAAGAGAAGGUCCAGAAGGAGGUACUAGUUGCCAGAACCAGGACUACCACCCUGAGCUGUGAAGUGUCGCAGACUACCAUCGAGGUCACGUGGUACAAGGAUGGGAAGCUUAUCACCUCCAGCGAGAAAGUGAGGAUAGAGUCUGAAGGCCAACUCCGCCGUCUGAUUUUGCAGAAGGCGGAGAAGAACGAUGAUGGAGAAUACAGUUGUGAGGCUGCUGGACAGAAAGUCAACUUUACAAUUAGUGUGAAAGAGUUCUUAUUGGACUUUUUUUGGCCACAUUUUACAGAACCCGAGCCUGCGUUCAUCAACCAGGAGAAGGUACAGAAGGAGAUACAAGUUGUCCUUAAUGAAACCACCACCCUUAGCUGUGAGGUAUCCCAAGAAAAGACCGAGGUGAAGUGGUACAAAGACGGGAAGCUGAUCACCUCCAGCAAGAAACUGAGGGUGGAAUCUGAGGGCAAAUCCCGCCGUCUGGUUUUGGAGCAGGUGGAGAAGAAAGAUGCCGGAGAAUACAGCUGUGAGGCUGACGGCCAGAAAAUCAACUUCAACAUUAAAGUGAAAGAGCCCGAGUCUGCCUUCACCAACCAGGAGAAGGUGCAGAAGGAGGUACAAGUUGCCCAGACUGAGACUGCCACCCUGAGCUGUGAGGUGUCCCAGGCCAAGACCGAGGUGAAAUGGUACAAGGAUGGGAAGCUGAUCACCUCCAGUAAGAAGGUCAAGGUGGAGUCUGAGGGCAAAUCCCGCCGUCUGGUUGUGGAGCAGGUGGAGAAGAAAGAUGCCGGAGAAUACAGCUGUGAGGCUGCCGGACAGAAAAUCAACUUCAAUAUCAAAGUUAAAGAACCCGAGCCUGCGUUCACCAACCAGGAGAAGGUGCAGAAGGAGGUACAAGUUGCCCAGACUGAGACCGCCUCCCUGAGCUGUGAGGUGUCCCAGGCCAAGACCGAGGUGAAAUGGUACAAGGAUGGGAAGCUGAUCACCUCCAGCAAGAAGGUCAAGGUGGAGUCCGAGGGCAAAUCCCGCCGUCUGGUGGUGGAACAGGUGGAGAAUAACGAUGCCGGGGAAUACAGCUGUGAGGCUGCCGGACAGAAAAUCAACUUCAAGAUUAAAGUUAAAGAGCCGGAGCCUGCCUUCACCAACCAGGAGAAGGUACAGAAGGAGGUACAAGUUGCCCUGACGGAGACCGCCACCCUGAGCUGUGAGGUGUCCCAGGCCAAGACCGAGGUGAAGUGGUACAAGGACGGGAAACUGAUCACCUCCAGUAAGAAGGUCAAAGUGGAGUCUGAGGGAAAAUCCCGCCGUCUGGUUGUGGAGCAGGUGGAGAAGAAAGAUGCCGGAGAAUACAGCUGUGAGGCUGCCGGACAGAAAAUCAACUUCAAAAUCAAAGUUAAAGAACCUGAGCCUGCAUUCACCAACCAGGAAAAAGUUCGAAAGGAGGUGGAGACCAUCCUGACUGAGACCACCACCCUGAGCUGUGAGGUGUCCCAGGAGAAGACCGAUGUGAAGUGGUACAAGGAUGGGAAGCUGAUCACCUCCAGCAAGAAAGUAAGGGUAGAGUCUGAAGGCAAAUCCCGUCGUCUAGUUGUGGAGCAGGUGGAGAAAAAAGAUGCCGGAGAAUACAGCUGUGAGGCUGCCGGACAGAAAAUUAGUUUCAAAAUCAACGUAAAAGAGCCCGAGCCUGCGUUCACCAACCAGGAGAAGGUACAGAACGAGGUACAAGUUGCCCUGAAUGAGACCGCUUCCCUGAGCUGUGAGGUGUCCCAGGCCAAGACCGACGUGAAGUGGUACAAGGACGGGAAGCUGAUCACCUCCAGUAAGAAGGUCAAGGUGGAGUCUGAGGGCAAAAACCGCCGUCUGGUUGUGGAGCAGGUGGAGAAGAAAGAUGCCGGUGAAUACAGCUGUGAGGCUGCCGGGCAGAAAAUCAACUUCAAGAUCAAUGUGAAAGAACCCGAGCCUGCAUUCACCAACCAGGAGAAGGUGCAAAAGGACGUACAAGUCAUAUUGACUGAGACCACCACCCUGAGCUGUGAGGUGUCCCAGGCCAAGACCGAGGUGAAGUGGUACAAGGAUGGGAAGCUGAUCACAUCCAGCAAGAAAUUUAAGGUGGAGUCUGAGGGCAAAUCCCGCCGUCUGGUUGUGGAGCAGGUGGAGAAGAAAGAUGCCGGUGAAUAUAGCUGUGAGGCUGCCGGGCAGAAAAUCAACUUCAAGAUCGACGUAAAAGAACCCGAGCCUGCGUUCACCAACGAGGAGAAGGUACAGAAGGAGGUACAGACUAUCCUCACUGAGACCGCCACCCUGAGCUGUGAGGUGUCCCAGGCCAAGACCGAGGUGAAGUGGUACAAGGAUGGGAAACUGAUCACAUCCAGUAAGAAGGUCAAGGUGGAGUCUGAAGGCAAAAACCGCCGUCUGGUUGUGGAGCAGGUGGAGAAGAAAGAUGCCGGUGAAUACAGCUGUGAGGUAGCCGCACAGAAAAUCAACUUCAAGAUCAACGUGAAAGAACCUGAAGCCGCGUUCAUAAAUCAAGAAAAGUUGCAGAAAGAGGUGCAGGCCAUUUUGAACGAGACCACCUCCUUGAGCUGUGAGGUGUCCCAGGCCAAGACCGAGGUGAAGUGGUACAAGGAUGGGAAGCUGAUCACAUCCAGUAAGAAAUUUAAGGUGGAGUCUGAGGGCAAAUCCCGUCGUCUGGUUGUGGAGCAGGUGGAGAAGAAAGACGCCGGAGAAUACAGCUGUGAGGCUGCCGGACAGAAAAUCAACUUCAAGAUCAACGUGAAAGAACCUGAAGCCGCGUUCAUAAAUCAAGAAAAGUUGCAGAAAGAGGUGCAGGCCAUUUUGAACGAGACCACCUCCCUGAGCUGUGAGGUGUCCCAGGCCAAGACCGAGGUGAAGUGGUACAAGGAUGGGAAGCUGAUCACCUCCAGCAAGAAAUUUAAAGUAGAGUCUGAGGGCAAAUCCCGCCGUCUGGUUGUGGAGCAGGUGGAGAAGAAAGAUGCCGGUGAAUAUAGCUGUGAGGCUGCCGGGCAGAAAAUCAACUUCAAGAUCACCGUAAAAGAACCCGAGCCUGCGUUCACCAACGAGGAGAAGGUACAGAAGGAGGUACAGACUAUCCUUACUGAGACCGCCACCCUGAGCUGUGAGGUGUCCCAGGCCAAGACCGAGGUGAAGUGGUACAAGGAUGGGAAACUGAUCACCUCCAGUAAGAAGGUCAAGGUGGAGUCUGAGGGCAAAUCCCGCCGUCUGGUUGUGGAGCAGGUGGAGAAGAAAGAUGCCGGAGAAUACAGCUGUGAGGCUGCCGGACAGAAAAUCAAUUUCAAUAUCAACGUGAAAGAACCUGAACCUGCAUUCAUAAAUCAAGAAAAGUUGCAGAAAGAGGUGCAGGCCAUUUUGAACGAGACCACCUCCCUGAGCUGUGAGGUGUCCCAGGCCAAGACCGAGGUGAAGUGGUACAAGGAUGGGAAGCUGAUCACCUCCAGCAAGAAAUUUAAGGUGGAGUCUGAGGGACAAACUCGCCGUCUGGUUUUGGAACAGGUGGAGAAGAAAGAUGCCGGGGAAUACAGUUGCGAGGCUGUCGGACAGAAAAUCAAUUUCAAGAUCAAUGUGAAAGAACCAGAGGCCAAGUUUGUGAAGCCCGCCCCCAAAGAACCAAUCAUUGCCCAAGAAUACGAGGACAUCUCGCUGACCCUGACCGUCCACCCGGACAAUGCUCAGGUGAAAUGGUUUAAAGAUGGAACUGAGCUCACAGCAAGCAAAAAGUACCAAAUAUCUGCUGAAGGGGGAGCCAGAGUUCUUGUUGUGAAAGGAUUAGACGCUAAAGACAGUGGUGUGUACACCUGCAAAACUACCAGCGACAAGCAAGAAUUCAAGGUUCAGGUGAAAGAAAUUCCUCAGACGUUUGCCAAGAAGUUGCAGGCCAUAACUGCUGAGACGGGGACCAAUGCCACCCUGCUCUGCGAGCUGCAGCACGCCAAGGGGGACGUGUUGUGGCGAAGGAAUGGUGCAGAGCUUCAGCCCAGCAAGAGAUUUCAGAUCCAAGCGGAUGGAGUAAAGCGAUCUCUAACAAUUUCUGGGCUCAAAGUCGAUGAUGAAGGAGAAUAUUCUUGUGAAUCCAGAGAUGAUAAAACCAUCUGUCAGCUGACCACUAAAGCUCCCAGAGUGGUUAAGUUUGUAGGACAACUCAACAAUGUGGUCAUUGAGGAAGGAGGUAGUGCCACAUUUAAAUGCUCUAUUUCCUUGGAUGACGCGGAGGUGACGUGGUACAGUAAUGGGGUCAAGGUCGAAAACAACCAGAAAUAUGCCAUCAGCAAGAAAGGCACCAGCCAUAGCCUGACCAUCAAUGAAUUGUCCAUGCAGGACAGCGCUGAAAUCACAGUAGAGUCUGAAGGGGUGAAGACCAAAGCAAAUCUCAAAGUCCGAGAGGCCCCAGUGAUCUUCAAGAAAAAGUUAGAAGCUGUCUCUGUGGAGGAAAGACAAACCGUCCAGUUGGAAGUUGAGCUAUCUAAAGUCUGUAACGAUAUCAAGUGGAUGAAAAAUGGCAUUGUUCUCCAGCCAACCGAGAAUCUGGACAUCAAGUCUGAAGGAACCAAGCAGAUUCUUAUUCUUAAAAAUGUCACUUUUGCUGACCGCGGUCUGUACUGCUGUGAGACGUUGGAUGAUAAGACCCAGGCCAAACUCACAGUGGAAAUGCGCCAGGUGAAAGUUGUAAAAGGUCUGAGUGAUAUUGAGGUCCAGGAGAAAGGCUCUGCAACAUUUGAGGUGGAGUUAUCCCACGAAGAGGUUGAAGGGUGGUGGACAAAAGAUGGUAUUAAAUUGAAAUCAUCCGAAAACUGCAAGAUUAGUGUCAAGGGCAAGAGGCACCAACUUAGCCUCUCCUCAUUGAGUCAAGACGAUGCAGGCCUCAUUGCAUUUAAAUCAGAGGGAAUUCAAACAUCUGCCAAACUUAUUGUAAAGGAACCUCCGGUUACAAUCACCAAUCCUCUUGAGAACAUUGAUGUACCUGAAAAGGAGAAGGUGACAUUUGAAUGCGAAGUUUCCAAAGCCAAUGCAGAAGUAAAAUGGUUGAAGGACGGAUCUCAGUUACGACCAAGUAAAAAGUUGACAAUAAUUUCACAGGGCAAAAAACGAAGUCUCACAAUUCAUAAGUGUGAAUAUGAAGAUAAAGGAACAUAUGUUUGUGAUGCAGGCGAAAAUCAGACGUCCGCCCUGCUCUCUGUACAUGCUCGGGAAAUACAAAUCAUUAAGCCACUAGUGGAUGUGGAAGUUGUGGAAAAAGAGAGUGCUUCAUUCGUCUGCCAAGUGUCUCAUGAUGAUGUCCAAACCCAGUGGUUCAAAAAUGAUGUAAAACUGAGGGCAGGGGACAAUGUUAAGAUUCGUCAAGAAGGACGGACCUAUUCAUUACUUUUCAAGAGUGUGCGCUCUGAAGACGCAGCCGAAAUUAAGUUUGUGGCUGAGACAGCAGAAUCCCGAGCUCAGCUUAAAAUUAAAGAACUUCCAGUGAAAAUAACCAAACCUUUAAGAGACAAGAUAGCUAUUGAGAAACACAGAGCUUUCCUGGAGUGCCAAGUAUCUCGUGAAAAUGCCCAAGUGACUUGGUAUAAAAAGGGCAGAGAGAUUGCCCCGAGUAAUAAGUAUGAGAUUAUCAGCCAAGGACUGUACCGGAAGCUCAUCAUUAACGAGGCUGAGCCUGACGAUGAAGAUACGUACACCUGCGAUGCUGUCGAUGAUAAGACUUCUGCCAAGCUCCUGGUUGAAGAGCAAUCUAUCAAUAUCGUGAAAGAUCUGAUGGACGUAGAAGUGACUCAGCCUGAGAAGGCUACAUUUGAAUGUGCUACAUCGAUAGUAUCCGUAAAACCUCCAAAGUGGACCCUGGGUGGAGAUGUCCUUCAUGAUGGCAAUGAUAUCACAAUAGAACAAGAUGGGACCACACAUCGUCUUAUCCUCUGGAAAACAUCUCCUGAGAUGACUGGGGAAGUCCAAUUUCACAUUGGAAAAUCCAAGUCUUUGGCCAAUCUUGUUGUUAAAGAUAUCCCAAUAAAGGUUGUGCAGCAAAUUGAAGAUAAGACCAUCAAUGAGAAUCAGACUGUGAUACUGUCAUGUGAAUUCAAACCUCCUCCCAAACUUGUAGAAUGGUACCACGGCAAAAAUCCAGUAGAGCCUUCAGAAAGAUUCAAAAUGAAGCAAGACAGGAACACCGCUGAGUUAAGAAUAAUCAAGGUUAAUCCCGAUGAUGCGGGUGUGUACACAUGCAAAGCUGGAAAUGUGGAGACCUCUGGCACACUGACUGUAAAAGCUCGUGAUGUAAAAGUAUUGAAACCUCUGGCUAAUGUAGAGGUGGAGGAGGAAAACUCGGUGACAUUUUCGUGUGAGUUGUCCCACGAUGAUGAAGAGGCUGAAUGGUUUCUUAAUGAUACCCUCCUCUACUCAAACAACUUUAAUGACAUUAAGAAGAUAGGAGGACAUCACACUCUGACUCUAAAGCAGGUGGCACCUGGGGAUUCUGGGACAGUGAGCUUCAAGACCAAGAAACUGUCUCUCAGUGCAGACCUGAAGGUCAAAGAAAAGCCAGCUGUAUUUAUGAAGUCCCUCGAUGAUGCUGUAGGGGAGGAACGGGGAGUAAUCACUCUACAAUGUGAAGUUUCCAAACCCAACGUGAAGCCUGAAUGGAAGAAAAAUGAUGUGGUUUUACCAAAUGGUGACAAAUACCAGCAGAUCCAGGCAGGGAAAUCUGUGCGUUUGGUCAUACAUGACUUGAACAAAAUGGAUGCUGGACUCUACAUAUGUGAUAUCGGCACUGACAUUGCAAAGUCAAAAGUCAGUGUGCAAGAACUCAACAUUGGAAUCACCAAGCGCUUGAAGAGCACUGAGGCCAGAGAGGAGGAAAGCUGUCUCUUUGAGUGUGUUCUCUCUCAUGAGAGUAUUGAUGAUUGCUUCUGGACUCUGAAUGGCCAGAACGUUGAGAAUGAUGAGCGGUUUGAUGUCUCCAAUAAGGGGCGAAAAUAUUUACUUAAUAUCAAGGAAGUGAGAGCCAGUGAUGCAGGCGAAGUAGUCUUUGUAGCUCGAAACUUGAAUUCCAAGGCUUCACUUACUGUAAAAGAAAAACCUGCAGUGAUAACAAAACCACUGGAAGAUAAAACUGUGACAGCUGGAGAAGACAUUGUCCUAAAAUGUGAGCUAUCUAAAGAAGACACCGUUAUAAAGUGGUCCAAAGAUGGCAAGGUCCUGAAGAAAAGUCAAAAAUAUGAAGUGGUCCUUGAAGGAACAGAGUCUAGGUUAAUUAUCCACGAAGUGACAUUGAAGGACUCUGGAGAGUACAUGUGUGAAACCAGCAUCUCCAAGACCAAAGCCACAGUUCAAAUCUCAGAAAAGCCAAAUAGGUUUGUCAAGGAUAUUUCUGAUAUAAAAGAGGAAGAGGGAGAGACGGCCGUAUUCACCUGUGAAACAGAAAAAUCUGCGACCAAAGUGACGUGGAGAAAAGGAAUAGCAGAACUCAAGCCAAGUAAGAAGUAUGAAAUCAACCAGAAAGGCAAUGUCCUCAGUCUGACCAUCAAUGAAUUGGAGAAGGGAGACAGUGACCACUACACGUGUGACAUCGGGGAUGCAAAGACUAAAGCCACCCUCACAGUGACAGCUGUUCAAGCUUAUUUCAAGCGUGAACUGCAGAGCAUCGAAGCGGUGGAGGGUGAAACGGCCAACUUGUCCUGUGAACUGUCCAAUCCCAAAGCUCAGGUGGAAUGGAAGAAAGAUGGGAAGCUUCUUAAAGCUGGUGACAAGUAUGAGAUGAGAGUGAAGGAUCGCCGGGUGGAGUUGUUAGUGCAUCAUUUGGUGAAGGAUGAUACGGGUACUUACACCUGUGAGACGGGAGAACAGAAAUCUUCUGCAAGCUUAACAGUGAAAGUUGUACAGGUCCUGUUUAAACGUGGCCUCAAGAACGAGAAGACUAAAGAAGGAGGAACUGUGAAGCUAUACUGUGAGCUAAGCAAGGCAGGGGCCCCUGUCAAAUGGGUGAAAGGUGAUAAGACCUUGGAACAUAGUGAUAAAUAUGACAUUAAGCAACAAGGUACCCUGGUGGAACUCGUCAUUCUCAAUGCAAAGCCCGAGGAUUCUGGAGAUUACAUAUGUGACACCGGUGACCAAAGAAGCACAGCACAUGUCACAGUGACAGCCCUCCCAGUUCGCUUUAAACAAGACCUGAAGGAUUCUGAAGUUGAAGAAGGAUCCUUAGUGACACUGUCAUGUGAGAUCACGAAACCUGAUGCCCCUGUAGUUUGGCAAAAAGGAAUCACAGUCAUUCAAGCAAAUGAGAAAUAUGAAAUUAAACAGAAGGGGACCGUUGUGGAAUUGGUCAUCCAGAAUGUAGGAACCGAGGAUUCUGGGAGCUACACCUGUGAUACUGGAGACCAACAAACCACUGCUCGAGUCAAGGUUCAUGAACUGCCAGCUCAGUUCACGAAAGGACUUGAACACCAAGAAGUGGCCGAAGGAGGCUCUGUCACCCUGCGCUGUGAGCUUAGCAAACCACAUGCAACUGUGGAGUGGAAAAAAGAGAGCAAAGCGAUCAAACAGGGGAAAAAGUACAAGAUGCGCCAAGAACAGGCAAUUUCGGAAUUAACCAUACGAGAUCUUACACUCGAAGAUGCUGGAAAUUAUAUCUGCUCCUGCGGAGACCAGCAGACCACAGCCACAGUGAAAGUAACUGCCCUUCCACCCGAAUUUAAAGAAGAUCUGAAGAGCAAAGAAGCUGUUGAAGGAGAAUCAGUCAUUUUGCAAUGUGAGUUGACAAAACCCACCACUUCCUUAGAAUGGAAAAAAGAGCAUGAGGUUCUUAAACCUAGCGAAAAAUACAAAAUCCAACAAGAAGGUCUUAUUGCCCAGCUGGUUAUCAACAAAUUGGAUCUGCACGAUACUGGAAUCUACACCUGUGUGUGUGGAGACAAAGAGUCAAAAGCAUCACUGACCAUCAAUGCUCUCCCUCCACGGUUUGCAAAAGAGCUAAAGAGCAAGGACACUGCAGAAGGAGAAUCCGUGACUCUAAGCUGCGAAUUGACAAGAGCUACCACUUCUCUAGAAUGGAGGAAAGGAAACAGGAUUCUCCAGUCCAGUGAUAAAUACAAACUUACCCAGGAAGGACUUCUUGCAGAGCUACAUAUCAGCAAUGUGGAUCUCCAGGAUACUGGGGAGUAUACUUGCUUAUGUGGAGAUCAUCAAACAACAGCAUCUCUCACCGUCAAUGCCUUACCACCACGAUUUAAAGAAGAGCUAAAGAAAAAGGAAGCUCUAGAAGGAGAAUGGGUCACUUUUUGCUGUGAACUGACCAAGCCUAGCACGUCUCUAGAAUGGAGAAAAGAAAACAAGUCUCUCAAACCAAGUGAAAAAUACAAAAUCAUCCAAAAAGGUCUUGUUGCUGAGAUGGUGAUUGUCAAUUUGAAUAUGAACGAUGCUGGGGAAUACACAUGUAUUUGUGGAGACCAAAAAACCUCAGCUACUCUCACAGUAAAUGAACUUCCAGUAGUUUUUCUGGAAGAACUAAGAGAUGACGUGGUGACGGAAGGCCAAACAGCCACAUUGCAUUGCGAGAUGAAUAAGUGCGAUUUGUCAGUUACCUGGAAGAAAGACAAUCGGGUGCUUAAAGCAAGUGACAAGUACAUUAUAAAACAGGAAGGGACUGCUGCUGAACUGAAUAUUAAAAAUCUUGAAUUGAAGGAUACUGGAACCUAUAUAUGUUUUUGUGGAGAUCAGCAAACCAAAGCAACCUUAAAAGUACAGGAAUUACCUAUACGUUUUAAUGAAGAACUUAAAAAUAUGGAAGUUACUGAAGGCCAGAAGGCCAUUUUACAUUGUAAACUGACUAAAUCAAAUUCUCGAGUGGAAUGGAAGAAAGGUCACGAGACCCUUAAAAAUAGCAGUAAAUACAAAUUGCACCAGGAAGGUCUUGAAGCUGAACUGAUCAUCAGUGAUCUAGAUCUGAGGGAUUCUGGGAACUAUACGUGUUUGUGUGGAGAAGAGGCAACUACGGCUACCUUAAUAGUGAUAGAAUUACCUGCUUCUUUCAACGUCAACCUGAAAAAUGUUGAGGUUACAGAAGGAGGAAUUGCCAUUUUUCGGUGUGGAAUUACCAAGUUGUCUGCUUCUGUGGUAUGGAAGAAAGAUGACAGCACUCUCAGAACAAGUGACAAAUAUGAGAUGAGACAAGAGGGUUCUACAGUAGAGUUAGUAAUCAGUGAUACAGAACCUGCGGAUCAGGGAUUGUAUAAGUGUGUCUGUGGCGAUCAGGAGACCUGGGCCUCUUUAACAGUCAAUGCUCUGCCGAUUGUUUUCAAAGAAGAACUGACGGAUGUUGAAGCCACAGAGGGUGAAGUUGUCACUCUACGUUGUAUGCUAAGCAAACCAAAUAUUCCUGUGGAAUGGAGUAAAAAUGGCAAACUUCUCAAACCCAGCGACAAACUUGUUUUCAAGCAAGAUGGUCCAAAUGUAGAACUUGCAAUCUGUAACGUGGAUGUGAAUGAUGCAGCAGAAUAUACCUGUGUGUGUGGUGAUAAGAAGACUACGUCUGUGGUUAAAAUUCAUGCACUCCCGGUGAUAUUUAAAGAGGGACUGAAGCAUGUUGAAGCCACUGAAGGUGAAAAAGCCACUCUCCAUUGCCAGCUCAGUAAACCAGAUGCAUCUGUGAAAUGGCUGAAAGGAACACAGAUUCUUAAAUCCAGUGCCAAGUAUGAACUCCAGCAAAGAGGGGCCAUCGCUGAGCUACAGAUCCAAAAUCUGGAAACAGCUGAUUCUGGGGACUACACUUGUGUUUGUGGAGAAGAGAAAACAUCUGGUGUCCUAACCGUGACGGCCUUGCCAGUUGUGUUCACUCAGCUGCUUCAGAACUGUGAGGUCCAGGAGGAGGGCACUGCGACACUGCGAUGUGAAUUAUCCAAGCCUAAUGUCAAGGUAGAAUGGAGUAAAGUUGGUCUAGGACUUCAGCCUGGGGCCAAGUAUGAGAUGAGGCAGAGGGACCAUGUUGCAGAGCUACUGAUACAUAAUCUUAAAUUGGAAGAUACGGGAGAAUACAGUUGUGAUACAGGAGAUCAGGAAACCAGAGCAUUCUUAACAGUAAAAGCCGUGCCAAUACUCUUCAUCAAGCCCCUGAAAAAUACUGUUGUGGAAGAUGGGGUGAGCGUUACACUGCGCUGUGAAACCAGCAAGCCAAAUGUUCCUCUUGAAUGGUGGAAAGGUACUGUGAAGCUCUUCCCUUGUGCCAAAUACGCAAUGAAGCAAGAGGGUGUGGUGGCUGAACUGGUGAUUUACGAUGCUGAAGCAGAAGACUCGGCAGAUUAUACUUGUGACACUGGAGAUGAUCAAACCACUGCAACGGUUAAAGUGAAUGUUCUCGAGUUUUUGAAGUCGCUGGAGAAUGUGGCAGCAGAAGAAGGUGGCACUGCUCGUUUCUGUUGCGAGUUGUCUGCCAAGACGGCAUCCGUAGAGUGGCGAAAAGGUGCUGUGAAGCUACAGUCCAAUUCCAAAUACAACAUAAAAGUCAAUGGUCCUGUGAGAGAACUUAUUAUCCACAAUCUGGAGCUGGAGGAUGCUGGGGAGUACAUCUGUCUUGCUCGUAGUAAGAAGACGUCUGCAACCCUUAAUGUUAAAGAACUGGAUGUGACCAUAGUCCAUGGGUUAAAAGAUGUGUCAGUGGUUGCUGCGGAGGACGUUGUGUUCAGGUGUGAAGUGUCCCACGCCAAUGAAAAGGAUGUUGAAUGGAAGCUACAGGGAAUAACCCUUGAGAACAAUGAGAUGAAUGAGAUAUCAGUGGAGAAUGGAAAGAUCCAUGUCUUGAAGCUGAGCAGUGUGACCCUGGAGGACUCAGGGACGGUGGUCUUUAGAGUUGGACCAUACAUGUCCACAGCAGAACUCACAGUGAAAGCCCCACUCCCGGUGUUUACUAAAGAACUGAAAGAUGUAAAUUUGGAAGAAGAUGCCCCAGCCAUUCUGCAGUGUGAGGUCUCACAGCCCGAUGUACAAGUGGUGUGGAGAAAAGGCAUUGAGCAGAUCACACACGGUGGGAAGUAUGAUAUACGAGAACAUGAGAUGAUCCAUACUUUGCAGAUUUCCAGUUUGAAACCUGAAGACUCUGGAGUUUACUCCUGUGAUAUUGGCAAUCAACAAACUAAAGCAAAAGUAUCGGUUUCAGCCGUACCAGUGCUCUUUGACCAGCAGCUUGAGAAUCAAACCUGUGACGAGAAUUCUGCUGUCAUCAUGCGAGCUCAGCUCUCCAAACCCAACGCUCCCGUGCAGUGGAGGAAGGGCAGCGCCGCUCUGCUGGCCAGUGACAAGUAUGACAUCAAACAAAAAGGAAAAACUGUGGAGUUAACUAUCCACAAUGCUCAGCCUGAAGACUCAGGAAGCUACACGUGUGAUACAGGAGACCAAAAAACCACCGCAACUGUGACAGUAACAGCACUUCCAGUGCAGAUUACACAACAUCUCCAGAACGAGCAGGGAGAAGAGAAUGGAUCCAUUAAACUCCGUGCUGAGAUCUCUAAAUCGAAUGCAUCCGUGAAGUGGAAGAAGGCGGGAGUAUUGCUCAAAUCUGGGGCCAAGUAUGAGAUGAGCCAGUCUGGGCUAGAGGUGGAACUCACGAUACACAACCUCAAGCAGUCUGAUGCAGGAGAGUACGUUUGUGAUACUGGGGACCAAACAACAAGUGCCACCGUGUUCGUUAAAGAGCCAGAACCAUUUAUUGUUAAUCAGCUGGAGAACAUUAAUGUGGAGGAAGGAGAAGAUGCGAUCUUCAAGUGCAAAGUAUCGAAGGACAAUGCAGCAGAUGUUCAGUGGUAUCUGGCUGGUGUUCCUCUUCAGUCCAAUGAAAUGAAUGAGAUCUCUGUCCACAAGGGGAAGAUUCACACCUUGACUUUGAAAAAAGUUUCCCUAGAAGAUGCAGGUCUCGUCAGUUUUAGAGUGGGACAAAACACAACUGUGGCAGAGCUAGUUGUUAAAGCUUUAAUAGUUAAUAUCAAAAAGCCACUCCAGGCAGCAGAUGUGGAGGAGAGUGGAGUAGCCAUCCUAACAUGUCAACUCUCAAAACCCAAUGUCCCAGUCGAAUGGAGAAAAGGAUCCACAUUAAUAAAACAUGAAGGCAGGUAUGAAAUCAGCAUGAAGGGUUCCGAGCACACCUUACAUAUUACGGACGUCACGUUAGAAGACUCAGGAGAAUACAGCUGUAGUGCAGGAACUGAAAAAUCAUCUACCAAGCUGAAAGUGAAAGCCCUCCCAGUGAUUUUCAAAAAAGAGCUUGAGAAUGUUGAAGAACAGGAGGGGGAGACGGCAGUUCUCCAGUGUGAAUUGUCCAAGGCUGGCGCACCGGUGGAGUGGAGGAAAGGCGCCGUGGUCUUACAGUCUAAUGAUAAGUAUGAGAUGAGACAAAGUGGCACCAUUGCCGAAUUACUGAUUCAUAACCUGGACCUAGAUGACUAUGGUGAUUACAUCUGUAUCACUGGAACCAAACAAACAACUGCAUCUGUCUUUGUACAAGAGAGUAAUGUAGAGAUAGUGUCGGGCUUAAAGAACGUGGACGUCUUUGCGGGGGAGACAGCCACGUUCUCCUGUAAGCUAUCCAGGCAGGACAUACGGAACGUGCAGUGGUGGUUGGAUGGUUCUCCUCUGCAGAGCAGCACGGUGAAUGAGAUAUCAGUACACAACGGAAACGUUCAUACGUUAAUUCUAAAAUGCCUUGGGACCAAUGACUCUGGCAUUGUCACCUUCAAAGCUGGGUCUCGCACUUCUUCUGCUAAGCUCUUAAUCAAAGAUCCAACUAUUGAGGUGGUGAGUCCAAUGAACGACCUUAUAAUUGAUGAAGAUGACACAGCAGAGUUCAUCUGCCAAUACUCUAGGCCAGUGCAAGCAACAUGGAAGAAAAACGAUGUAGAAAUUUGUGAUGAUGGGAAGAGAAUCCAUAUCGAACAGGACUGGAAUGUAGCCAGGCUGACCAUUAAACCUACAGUUCCUGAAGAUAGUGGCAUCUAUACAUGUGAAGCUGAUGGUACUAGAGUCGUCGCUAUGCUUGACGUCGAAGCAAAGAAUAAAGUUCUGCAAGGGCUGGAGAAUGUAGAUACAGUGGAGGGAGGUGAAGCUUUGUUCGAAUGUUACUUGUCUAAGCCAGAGUCCUACAACUACAACUGGCUAAUUGAUGACGAACCAGCAAAGACAUCAGAAAAUGUUGAGAUGGUCUUCUUUGAAAAUGGGCGCAGACAUCUUCUCUUAUUAAAAAAUCUGACUCCUGAUGACAGCUGUAGAGUUACGUUUAUGGCUGGGGAUAUGGUGACAUCCGCUUUCCUAAAUGUCCAAGGAUGGCGCCUGGAAAUUGUGAAGCCACCAGUAGACACUGAGGUUAUUGCUGGUGACAAAGCAAUGUUUAGCUGUGAGUUAAGUGAAACCGUACCAGUUAACGAAGUCGCCUGGUAUUUGAAUGGAUUAACUAUCCAGCCAGAUGAGAACUGGUCAAUGCAGGUAGACGGAAACCAGCACAGACUAAUUCUGAAAGACGCUCAGGCCUACCAAUCUGGCGAAGUGGCCUUUGCUUCAAGGGAUGUAGUAGCAUCUGCUAAGCUAUCAGUCUUUGCCCUCCCCGACCCCCCUGAAGACCCGGAGAUUGUUUGUAAAACCAACCGGUCCUUGACAUUGUCUUGGUUCACACCAUUAAGUGAUGGUGGCUCGACCAUCAUAGGAUACAAUGUUGAAGUGAAAACCCCUGAUAGUGACUGGAAGCAGUGCAAUUUGGAAAUUAUUCAAAGCAUGGAGUAUGUUGUGAAUAAUCUGGUCCCAGGCGUGCCUUACAGAUUCCGCAUUUGCUCUAUAAACAAACUCGGAGUUGGAGAACCGGUUCACUUACCUCAAACUGUACAGUUAGAACGAACAGUCACCAUUCAGCAUGAACUAGUAAACAAAACUGCAAAAGUUGGGGAAAGUAUUCGUCUUGAGUGUGAAUUGUCGAAAAAAUCCAGUGACAUCAAGUGGCUGAAAGGGAAAGAACUAUUGCAAGAAGGACAGAAAUAUGACUUUUUUUCCGAAGGGAAAAAACAGGUCCUUGUUAUACAUAAUUUGUCUACUGAAGACCAGGGCACAUAUACAUGUCAGACAUCAUCAGACAUCAAAACAUCAGCCACCGUGUCCAUUGAAAAACCAAUAAUUCAUGAAGUGGUGACCAUACAAGAAAUUUUCCAAACUGCCCAAGAGAAGUCAGACCUCACCAAUGAGAGUGAAGAUGGUUCUCAGCCAAGUCUACCCCCAGAGGCUGCUCAAGAAGGGGAUCUUCAUUUACUUUGGGAAGCUCUGGCCAAAAAGAGAAGGAUGAGCAGAGAGCCUACAUUAGACUCCAUCUCCGAAGUUCCAGAGGAAGAAGAAAAGAGAAGAUUGAAGAAAGAAGCUGAUAAAAGGUCAGAGAUAUCUGGGAAUAUAUCUGAUGACAUCCUUACUGCUAGUGAGGCCGAUUUAUCAGUAACAAGCUCUGAUGAUGAAUCUCGGGCAGGAACACCAUCCCUUGUAUCUUAUCUCAAAAAAGCUGGUACGUCAACUGUGACAUAUGGUGCAAAAGUCCAAAGCAUAUCUACAAUCAAGUUCUUUAAGAACUUUGAGAUUUCAGGCACUGAAGUACCCAAGGAACCUCCACCCCAAGCAGAACCAGAUUUGCCAGACUUGGAUGACCCUGCAAUGGAUAAGGCUGCUGUGAAAAUCCAAGCUGCAUUCAAAGGUUACAAAGCCAGAAAAGUUAUCAAACAGCAGGAAUGUCCUAUCUUUGCAGAGACAUUUAAAGAUUUUGCAGUGGAGUCAGGAGGAACAGUCCACCUUGAAUGUGUUGCCAUCAGCAAUACUGACAUGAUUGCCCGUUGGCUGAAAGAUGGGAAAGAGCUCUCUGAUGGCCGCCAUUAUCAUAUUGACAAUUACAGUGAUGGCACAUGUUCCUUAAUCAUCACUGCCGUGGAGCUGCAGGACACAGGAAACUACACAUGUGAAGUGUCUAACAAGUUUGGUUCAGUUACCCAUAGUGCGAGGCUGGUGGUGUCAGGUAGUAAUACAUCAAAUGUUGCAGAUAAAAUAUUAACCUCUCCUGCUAAAGGUGGAACAGAUAGUGAAACAGAGAGCUCUUCGGGUAGCGAGUUGGAUGACGCUUUCAGGAAAGCAGGGAGAAGACUUCACAAGAUAUUUAAAUCAAAGUCUUCCCUGGAAAAAUCCGAUGUUGAAGAGGAAAUAUUUGUCAGUGCUGACGAGGGAGAACUACCUCCAAUAGACCAUCAAACAUACAGGGAAGAUGACCGGUAUAUCUACAUCAAAUUCGAAGUGAUGUCAGAAGCUUCGAUAGCUGCUAAGCGAUUCAGGGAAAUGUUUUCUGCAAUGGGUUUUUCCGUGAAGAUUGACAUUUUGAACCAGGGUCCAAAGAAAAUUGAAUUAAGAAUAAUGAAAGUAGAAACAGGAACUACAGAACAGCAAAAAAUGGAAGCCAAGCAUCAAAUGACCUUAUUAACUUCAGACACAGCCCCAAUCUUCAUCACUGAACUUCAAAACCAGGAGGUUCAAGAUGGCUACCCAGUCAGCUUUGAUUGUGUUGUUAUCGGAAAGCCAAUGCCCACUAUUCGCUGGUUCAAAGACGGGAAAGUGCUUGAAGAGGACGAUCAUUACAUGAUCAAUGAGGACCAAGAAGGGUGCCAUCAGCUCAUUAUUACUGCAGUUAUUCUACAAGACAUGGGGGUCUAUAGAUGCCUGGCUGAAAAUCGAAUGGGGGUGGCCUCAACCAAGGCUGAAUUAAGAGUUGAUUUAAGCAGCUCUGAUUACGACACUGCAGAGGCCACGGAGACGUCGUCAUACUUUAGCGCUCAGGGAUACGCGUCCAGGGAACAGGAAGGUCUGGAAUCGGCCACUGAAGAGGGACAGCUGCCCCAAAUUCUGGAUGAGUUACGAGACAUUCUAGUUGCACCAGACACUCCACUUGCCAAGUUUGAAGUAAAAGUAAAAGGGUAUCCCCGUCCUCGUGUGUACUGGUUUAAGGAUGGACAGCCCAUCCAUGCUUCUGACAGGUUGCUGAUGACUGACAAAGGGAAGCUUCACUCUCUGGAGAUUCUAAAUGUUACAAAGGAGGAUGCUGGAGAAUAUUCGACAUACAUCAGCAACGCAUCGGGUUCUGCUUACUCGUCAGCUAGGCUGAUUGUGAAAGGUCCGGGCGAGUUGCAGAGAGACAAGCCAUCUGAGGAUGCCGGAGAUCUGGAAAAGCCUGUUCCUCCAAUGUUUCUGGAAAGAUUCACAAAUAAGAAAGUCCGUCCAGGCUCCAGCAUUACUUUAUCAGUUAAGGUUGAAGGAAUUCCAUCUCCUACUAUUACUUGGCUAAAGGAAGAAUCUCCAGAAGAUGUUAUAUGGCUCAAACCAGACACACCAGGAUAUAAACUGGCUAGCUCCAAAGCGCACCACAGUCUCAUCUUGCUGGAUGUUGGUAAAGAAUUUUCUGGGACGUACACCUGCAUCGCAACCAACAAGGUUGGGCAGUCCAUUUGCAGUGCAUCUGUGGAAGUUGCAGAAAUGAAAGAAGGUGAGGUCCUAACGGAAACCGAAAAAAUAGUGAAAGAUGUUUUGCUCAGAACAUCUCUUCAAGGAUUUGAAGAAAAAGAGACAGAACAUGGCACAACUGGUAUCUCCGUCCAGCCUCCUGAAGCCGACGAGAAAGGAGGAAAAGUGGCUAGACCCCAGAUUUCUCUCACAGAUGUUGGAACCGAGGAAUUCUUCCAGAAGCUGACCUCUCAGAUCACAGAAAUGGUGUCUGCCAAGAUAAGUCAAGCCUCUCUCCGAGUGCCUGGUAUACAAGGAUUGGAUAGUGAUGAUGAAUCCAAAACUCCAUCUGCAUCUCCACGUCACGGUCGAUCCAGACCUUCCUCUAUUGCUGUUGAAUCUUCAUCAGAGUCAGAGGAUGGAGACUCAAGAGGAGAGAUCUUCGACAUCUAUAUGGCAACCGCCGAUUACAAUCCUAUCAUAGCCGAUAAGGAAUCGAUUACUUUAAAAGAAGGUCAGUACGUAGAAGUCCUCGACUCUGCUCAUCCGCUCAAGUGGCUCGUACGGACAAAACCCACCAAAUUCAGUGCCUCCCGACAAGGCUGGGUUUCGCCGGCAUAUCUGGACAAACGUUUGAAGUUGUCAGCAGAGUGGGGGUCGGGAGAUAUCCCGGAAUCUCCAGGGGAGUCUGUCUCAGAAGAGGAUUACAAAAAGAGGUUAAGCACACUCAUCCAGGAGCUGCUGAACACAGAGUAUGAGUAUGCGCGAGAAUUACAGUUCUUACAGACUCACCACCUGCAAUACACGGAGACUUGCGUCGAUGUCCCUGAAGCUGUGGCCAAUCAGAAAUCUAUCAUCUUCCGUAACAUCAGUGACAUCGGUAGCUUCCAUACAAGCACCUUUUACCCAGAGCUUAAGAAAUGUGACACAGAUGAUGAUGUAGCAAUGUGCUUCAUAAGGAAUGAGGAGGAAUUCAACAAGUACAUCAUGUACCUGGUAGGGCGCGUUCAGGCCGAAUCGGUAGUGGUAAAUAAUACUAUUCAAGAGUUCUACAAGAAAUAUACUGAAGAAAGUGCUGCACUUGCAGACCCAUCCAAGCCUCCACCUCCUCCACUUCAGCACUACCUGGAAAGACCCAUAAACAGAAUCCAGCGGUAUCAGGUCAUCCUCAAGGAACUGAUCCGUAACAAGGCAAGGAAUGGCAAGAAUUGCGCUCUUCUCGAGCAAGCGUAUGCCAUUGUAUCUGCUCUCACUCGCCGGGCAGAAAAUUUCCUGCACGUGUCAAUGAUCGAGAACUACCCAGGAACACUGGAAGCUUUAGGAGAGCCCAUCAGACAGGGUCAUUUCAUUGUAUGGGAAGGUGCUCCUGGGGCAAGAAUGGCUUGGAAGGGUCAUAACCGGCACGUGUUCCUAUUUAAAAACUAUUUCAUUAUCUGUAAACCCAAGAGAGACACCAAGACGGACACAUACAGCUAUGUCUUCAAGAACAUGAUGAAGCUUACUAACAUAGAUGUGAAUGAUCUGGUGGAAGGUGAUGACAGAGCCUUCGAGAUUUGGCAUGAACGAGAAGACUCAGUUCGCAAGUACCUUCUGCAGGCCCGCACAGUAAUCAUUAAAAACUCCUGGGUGAAGGAGAUCAGUGGAAUCCAACAGCGUUUCAGCAUGCCAUUAUGGAAUCCUCCUCAAUUCAUAGAAUACCUAGCAGACUGUACUGCCGAGCUGGGUGAAACAGUGAAGCUGGCUUGUCGCGUUACUGGAACCCCUAAACCAUCUGUAACUUGGUAUAAAGAUGGUCGAGCUGUUGACGUAGAUCCCCAUCACAUCAUUAUUGAGGAUCCUGAUGGUUCCUGCACACUGAUUUUAGAUAACCUGACUGGAGCAGACUCUGGCCAGUACAUGUGUUUUGCAGCCAGUCCUGCAGGGAGUGCCAGCACAUUGGGGAAGAUACUUGUCCAAGUUCCUCCAAGGUUUGUCAACAAAGUUCGAAAUGCUCACUUUGUUGAUGGAGAGGAUGCACAGUUUACAUGCACCAUAGAAGGUGCUCCUUACCCACAAAUUAGGUGGUACAGAGACGGCUCUCCAUUGCCAGAUUCCAGCAGACACCAGACAUUCACGGAACCACGCAGCGGUGUCUUAGUUCUUGUAAUAAAGAAUGCCACCAAGGAUGACAUCGGGCACUACGAAUGUGAAUUGGUGAACAGGUUAGGAUCAGCGUGCAGUGGGGCUGAGUUGAACUUACAGACAGCGUCAAUGUUAGCACAAGAGAGGAGAGGAGACCAGAUUGUUACUAUUGAAGGAGGUGAAAUCGGCCAACAAGGACUUGAGAACUCAAUCCGGGCAUCACUUGAGCGUGCAGACCAAGAGAUAAGACAGGUCCUAAGGAGGCUAGAAGACUCUCCAGAAAUCAGUGAGACUAUCCCUCAGGUGGAAUCUCUAGAUCUGGACAGUAUAAAACAUGGAGAAACUGAAUCCAAAUAUGAGGACAUGUUUAGAGAUGCUGACACUCAAACCCCAGUGGAUCUGUCUUGUGGUGAAGAGUCAGUACAAAUCGAAAAAGAGGAACCCACUGGAAUUCCUUUAAGUUCCCCCACAAGUCAGAAGCAGAAACAAACUGGAGACCAGGAGCUAAACAUUCCAAUAAGGCUUCAAAUGGAUGCAGCGGACUGGUACCUGAGAAGAUCAGGAGGACAGAUCUGGGAUGUACACAGUCAAGUUUACAUCGAAACCACAGAGAGGACCUGCUUUCACCUGAAAGAUGAUAACGCAACAAAGCCCCCAUACAUGCAGGUGACCAUAGAGGAUGUGCAUGCGCGCUGCGGGGAUACAACUCAGUUUGAUGCUGUGAUUGAUGGAACGGCACCACUUACUGUUACCUGGUACAAGAACAACAUCCUCAUACAAGAAAGUGACCGAAUCCAGGUGGCAAAGGAAGACAGAAAAUACUCGCUGGUCUUGUGUAACACAGAAUAUGAAGAUGGAGGCGUGUACACAUGUGUGGCACGGAACAAGGGUGGCGAGGUUUCCUGCAAAGCUGAGCUUGUUAUGCAUGCAGGGAGAGACGAACAAGUGUCAAAGAAACCUCAGAAAAGAAGGAAGCUCAAAUCUUUCUUCGAGGUUAAGGAAGAAAUUGGGAGAGGUUCAUUUGGCUUCUUAAAGCGAGUGGUCCACAAAGGAAAUGGAAUGACUUGUGCAGCCAAGUUUAUUCCUCUAAGAAGCAAAACGCGUCAGCAGGUGUACCGGGAACGAGACAUCCUCUCUGAAGUGACUCACAGCAAAGUCACCCUGCUUCUUGACUCCUUCGAAACAAAAAAGACCUUAAUUCUUAUCCUGGAAAUAUGUUGCGGUGAGGAACUUCUUGAUCGUUUGUUCAGGAAAAACGCAGUCACAGAAAACGAGGUUAAAUUAUAUAUCAGACAGAUUCUGGAAGCCAUUUUAUAUCUCCAUGAUAAGAACAUAUUACACUUGGAUAUUAAGCCUUCAAACAUACUGAUGGUUCACACAGACCACGAGGAUCUCAAACUCUGUGAUUUUGGAUUUGCCCAAAAAAUAAAUCAUUCUGAACAUCAAUAUAGCAAAUAUGGCUCCCCUGAUUUCGUGUCACCAGAAAUUGCCUGCCAACUGCCUGUGUCUAAAGCGUCUGAUAUAUGGCCUGUUGGAGUUAUAAGCUACUUAUGCUUGAUUUGUGCCUGUCCAUUUUCUGGUCAAAAUGACAGACAAACACUUUUGAACGUACAGAAAGGUAAAAUGAACUGGAACUGCCCAGGAUUUGUACAACUGAGUGAAGAAGCAAAGGACUUCAUGAAAAAGACAAUCCAGAUGUCCCCAGAACUUAGACCAAACGCUUUGGAUUGUCUCCAACACAAGUGGAUUCGGGAGGUUUCCGGCUUACAGGGCACACAUCCUAUCCACACCAAGAGCCUGAAAUUCUUUGUAGCACGGAGUCGGUGGCAGCGUUCCUUAAUGUGCUAUAAGUCCAUACUGGUGAUGAGAUCCAUUCCAGACCUUCUGCAGGGUAACAUGGACAGCACCUCACUGGGUGUCCCCAGGCACUUGAUGGAAAACAGCAGUUCAUCAUCCAGCAGUGGCUCAUCUUCUGAUAAUGACAGUGAUAUCAGUCCCACUGCUAGAGAUUGUAACCCUUCACUUGAGUUGCACUUAUCCAUCUUCAAAAUGGCGGAGCAGGACCAACUUCAACAACAAGAUCUGAUAGAAACAAUAACUGCGGGAGAUAAAGAUGGUCUUAUGGAGAAAAGAAAGAUGGAACAUAGAGAAGCAAUCAUUGCUAAUACUGUGUCUGAUGAGCAACAGGAAACUCCAAAAGUCGUUGGGUUGGGUAAUAACAGAGUCAAGUUGGAGGAGGCAGAAGAAAUGUUAGUUGAUUCUGUGCAAAAAUCGCCAAGUAAACCACCUUUAUUCAAAGCAGCAACUAUUGAGGUUGGUGACCUUAAAUCAAAAAAAGGGAGAACAGGGCAUUUUGUUAGAGGUUCCUCUGCAGACAGUGUAUUACCAGUGGAAGCAGGAGUCAACAAACCACAAUUAGUGUGUGUACCAAGGCAAAGUAUAAUUAGCAGCACCUUCUAUAACCAAGUAAGUGAAGGCCCUGGUUUAGCUCCCCAGGAAGGGUCAAUGAAGGAGAAGGAUUUCAUCAAACAUCGUGAACGAGCACGAAGGAGUUUAAUGAAAGCAGGAUAUUCGCCAAAAAUUUUAAGUGGUCUACGAGAGCCUCUGCUUGAGCAGUUUGCAAUGGAACAAAGGUUAGCAGGACAUGACCAGGCAUUAACUGACCAAGAUAUUUUAUCUGGCUCUUUGAAAAAGUCAGUUUCAUUUGAUACAGCAAAGGGUUCAUUAAGGAACUCUUUUAGAGCCUCUACCAGAAGUCGCUCUCUUGAUGACAGCAAAUCAAGACCUCUAAGUAUUUAUAAGGGACCUCUGACAGAGGAGUCAGAUCCUGGCCACUCUACGGAUGCAAAACUUCCAAUUAGGACAACUGACAUUGAAAUUAAAUCUCAUUCUAAAGAACCUUUACUGUCAGACAAUCAACUUAAGCAUCUAUCUGAACCAAAUAAAGAAAGGCCAAUGUGGCAGGACAGUAAUCAGCGUUCACUGCCAUUUUUUACUCAGUCAACACAAAGACCACUUACUGCAGGGUCCAUGGAGAAUGAAAAUACAAUUAUUGCAGUUUUACAUCAACAUCCUCUGCUGGAUACUGUUUCAAUCAAAGAAAAAACAUCAUCUGCCACACCUGUGGAAGAAGAAAGUACCAUAAUAGCAUUUGUCAAACAAAAGAACCUGCCAGUUUCAGAGGCAACCAAACUGCCUGCCAACACAUCCGAAACAGAUGCCAAGAAACCCUUGGUGACACCAUCUGGAAAUAAAUGCAUCAAUGCAGUCAGUGGAGUGAAUCUUACCAUCCAAACAAUCCCAGAUAGUGAUUCUUUCUUAUUUCCACACACCCGAGAAGAAACUUUGCCUGCACCAUCUCUGUACAAGCAGGUCUUGACAAAAGAAAAAAACAUGAAUGAGGAUCAUCAGAUAUUUCCAGAACCUGCCAUUGAAGAGAAAACACAUGCCGUGCAAUUUAUCGAUGACCAUAUAAGUAUAGCAGUGAUUCAUCAAGGACCCAUGGUCACUUCCCCUAUAUUUGAAGAACAUUUACCUACUGAGCAACUCAGUGGUAACAUAGCCCAACCCAUAAACAUGGUACAGGUAGUGGCUACCACAAACAUAGAUAUUCAACCACAAAUUCUUACAUCUACAGGACAAGUGGUAGAGGGCAAACCUACUGAUACACAUGCAACAGAUCUGCACUGUGGUUAUCUUCCUGUUGGCCAAACAGUAGCAAUGAAGAACCAGCAUGAUUCACAAGCUAUACCUCUUGAAGAAGAUAUAUCGCUUGACAUUGUACAUCAUGAAUCUGAACAUAGUCUAGACAAUAAAGCAAAAUGCUCUCCUGCUAUAGUAGCCAAACUUGAAUUAAAGGGUGACAGCCAUAGUGUAGGGAAGGAGUUCCAGCCCUCUAUUUAUACUGGGGAGCUAACCACUGCAUUAGAGAGCUUGGUUGGAGAGAUGGCUGAUCUGUCAGAAGAGAUGGAUGUAUUGGCUGAUCAACAGGAGCAGAUGCCCCAUGUAGACCUUCCAUUUCCAUUAGUUGAAGACCAGUCUUCAGAACCAUUAGAAAUGCAAAAGGAAGGAUAUAGCAUUGAAAAUUACUGUGCUAUGGAGACGGAACCAUCAAUAAUGCGGUCAAGUCCAUCAGAUCAAACCACAAAAAUAUCACAAGCCACAUCAAUUUCACAAUGCAGCUUAUAUGAGACCCUCUAUCAGGUCCGACCCUCUACUCUGACCUCAGAACAGUUUGAAGAGUUCACCAUUGAAAGUCGCAGCUCCAGCAAAACACUUAUCUCGCACUCUGACAGUACAGGAACAGGGAGAAGGUCAGACAAUUUCUCCGACUUUGAUGAGGCAGGGAGGCAGUCGGAGGUCUCCCUGGUGGAGAUUGGAGAAUUGCAUUAUGGAGAUGCAGCUACCAGUUCAGAGCAUUUAAACAUCGAGACUGCACAUUCCCAACUCUUUGAAUUUUUUGAUAUUGAAACAUUCCCUUUAGAAUCCAAAGAACAUGAGAAAUGUCCCACAACUGAUGGCAAAUUUAGUUUGUUGUCACAGAUUUCACAACCAGCCAGCGAUUUUAGGCAAGGAUUGAAAGAAAAGGAACCACAAGUAGCGAAGGACCUAGAAUUCCAUUCUUCUACCCCAUUGCAGUCACUGCAGCCAUCAGAUCCUGGCAAAGCCAAAGCUAAGGAGAGAAAAGGUUCCAGUUCACGGAAACGGAUAAAACUCUUUCGACCUCAUGGAAAGUCAGAGUCAGCAGGAAAGUCCUCCGAUCAAAGUCUUAAGCAGAAAAUGAGAGCUUCGGUGGCCAAUAUUUCCCGGAUAAUCAAAGGAAAGCAGGGGAACGGACACGAAAUGAAACAAAGUGAAUCACAAUCUGGUUCCACUAAAGUGACUGAGGCUGAGCAGACAGAGCAAGCAUCCUCUGGGAGACCACCCAGCCAAGCCAAGAAGAAGCCCACCUUCCCUUCAUUCAAGCUUCCCAAUCUCUCAGCAAAGGACAAAGCGCCUGCUUUUGUGGAAGAGCUCACAGACCAGACUGUCGUUAUCGGUCACUUGAUCACCCUCUCGUGCAGAACUGCCCAGCCCCCAGCUGAUGUUAAAUGGUUUAAAGAUGGGUUAGCAAUUCAGGGUAAUGAGAGAGUCCUCAUUUCUUCUACUCUGAAGAAUUACCAUCUUCUCACCAUACUGGUGGUCAAUACACACGAUUUGGGGAUAUAUGCCUGUGUGGCCUCCAACGAUCAAGGUAGUGCCACCACAUGCUGCAUUAUAAAGAAGGCAGAAAUCCCGUGCUGCCCCACCAGUCCUGAAAUUGCAGAGGUCUACAAGGAUGGUGCCAUGAUUGUAUGGAAACCGGUGGAAUCGAGCGCUCCCGUGACAUAUUUUCUGCAAUACAAGAGGGAAGGCGAAGAAUGGAGAAUGCUCACAUUAGAUAUUUCUGACUGCUGCUACUCUACCCAUAACCUCUCGGUAGGGUAUGAUUACUCCUUCCGGAUUGCUUGUAUCAGUAAGGCAGGGAUUGGGCCUUACAGUAACCCAUCUCCUAGUGUGCGGAUUGGGAGGCUAAGUUCUGUGAACCAACGUUUGUCUGAACAACAAGAGUCGUGUGACCCUGCGGAGACUGCGGAGAGACUCACUCUACCAAAGGAGGGGAUAAGGGGUCGCUUCAGCAUCGUCAAACCUUGCAGGGAGAAGUCAAGUGGAAGAGUUCUGGCUGCUAAAAUAAUCCCGUACAGAGCAGAGACAAAGGAGAGCACACUGACAGAAUAUAUUACUCUGAAAAAGUUACAUCACACCAACAUUGCACAGUUACACAGUGCCUACCUGAGUCCUCAUCAUCUCGUCCUCAUCUUGGAGCUGUGUGAAGGGGUUGGGCUGUUACAGUAUUUGUCUGAAGGGAUCUCCUACUCAGAAGUGGAGGUGAGGAAUUACCUGUGGCAGAUGCUCAGUGCACUAGAGUUUAUCCACAGCAAACAAAUCCUCCACUUGGACUUGAGAUCAGAAAACAUGAUAGUUACUGAACACAAACUGCUCAAAAUACUCGAUUUCGGACAUGCACAGUUUUACUCUCCGGACAAAGACAUUACCGUCCAAACCAACAUGGACUACCUGGAAGCCAUGGCUCCAGAAGUAUUAGAAGAACAGGGGGCUGUUCCCCCUACAGAUGUAUGGGCUGUCGGCAUCACAGCAUUUAUAAUGUUAAGCGGUGAUUAUCCAUUCAAUAUGGACAGCGCCUCCGAUUUGGAAAAAGAUAUCAAAAAAGGACUGAUCAGGUUAACACGAUGCUACGUUGGACUAUCUGGAGGAGCUGUGCGAUUUCUGCAGAGCACGUUAUGGACAAACCCAUGGGGAAGGCCGUCUGCAUCAGACUGUCUCAAACUACCAUGGCUACAGGAAGCUGGGCUGACCUCGAUACAGCAACCACCUGUCCUGUUUCCCAGCGACAAACUGAGACGCUUUCUGUAUGAGCGCAGGACGAAAGAACCAAGGCAAUAAAUCAGUGACCACGUGUCACGGAGCGGCUCGCGCUAAGGCUCAGAGGGUGCCAGCUCACUGUGUAUUUCUCUGGAAUAAAACGCCAAUAAUACUCUGUGUUAUUCUGAUCACCGGUGAUAUCAGCUGUUUUCUAUAAACAUUUUGCAGUUUGUUUUUGUUAUAUUUGCUUUCCAUAAAAAUAUACUCCGAUAGGGAAAAAUGUAUUGAUUGUUUGACAGUGAAACUUUGCUUCCUGUUGCAAUUAGUGUGACGACUUUUAAUACUAAGGUUAAUUCCUACUAACUGUAGAAGUGGAGGACCCAUUUAUGGCGAUGGCGGGAGAGUUCACGGGCUCCGCGCCGCAAUAAUAGUAUUUGGAGUUAAAGUACAACCUGCCACCUAAACAUAUCGCACAGAAAGAUCAGCGUAAUUCAAUAAACCAGGAGGUAUGGGGAGAGGUGAAAGGAGGAUUGCAUAUUUUAGGUCAGCUAUUUAUAUAUUAGAGAGGAACCGCCUUUGAUGGCCCAUAACAAGGUAAUUCAGAGCAACUUCAUUGUACAAAGUGUGCACCCCUCUUUGAUAUUUUUCAGAUUAAAGCAGUGUAUAAGGUAUUUUUAGUAACAGCUUCCAAUCUGCCCACUAUUUUACCCAUUAUAUUGCUAAGGGCACAUUUGGGGAUUGAUUGAGUCACCUUCUCUGGGGGCUGCACCACUUACCCAAAAUAGUUUUGCUUUCUUUUUUAGAAAAUAGCAACCAGUCUGGAACAGGUCAGGUGUGUGCUGGAAAUGUGUGUCCACACUGGAAUCACAAAUUUUGUAUUGUGAUUUUUAGGACACAAUUUGCGUAAAAUAAACCCCCUCACUUUCCUGCCCCUUCCCAAUAUUGGUGAUAUGUAAAUGUGAAUAGCAUGCUGUCCUGUUGGAUCGAUAUUUUUAUAAAUAAUAUAAGUAUACUAUUUUUAAAUCAGAAUAUCUAAAAACAUAGUUUCAAACGGGAGAAAAUAUAAAUUGGGUAAAUUUGAAAAGAAAGUGGCAUUUUUACCGCUUAGGAAUUUUGUCACAACGUGUUAAGAUUAAAAAAUGCUGCAUUUUUUCGAUCUCUUUAUUGCUAAUCCAGGACAUGGCUUUCUGUCUGUGCCAAGAUUCCAUUAUCAAGUCACAGACUCCAGGUAAUGUGAUGGCUGCACCAGCUUUGUGAAGAUAGCUUGGGACUGGUAUAAAACUGGUAUAAAAUGGUGCAAUGGGUUCAGUUAGGUGAUGGGAGAUUCUUAAAACUGAUCUGUGGGUCCCCACUUCUCUAUCAGGUGUUUGGAAGGAUAAUUAUUAUUGUAGCUCAGGUAUUAGAAUGUCUGUAAUUCAGUAUUACAUAUUUUGUUGAUGGUAAACUGAGGCUGUUAGUUGCACACUGGAUUUAAUCAUGUUGCUAAAAUGUGCGAUAGCCAAAGGGUUACUUAGUUGCAGCUUCGUGGCUAUAUUACAGGAGAUUUCUGUUUGUAUUGUGUUUAUUAAUGGUUUGUAUAGGUCUGAUUUUUGUUUUUAAUGCAACACCAGUCAUAACAUUCUCAUCAAUCUCACAACAACGUUUCUUAUUACAAAUCACAUAUGAAAGCAGAGGGUGUCCCCAGAUCUUGUAGACUGCAAUGCACAUCAUUCACAACCAAAGAUGACAGGUUACAGUCAUGAAACAGCCAGGCGCAUAAUGACUACCCCUAACAAAAUGAAUAUCCAUGGGGUUACUCCCUGAAGUAUUAAAGGGACAUGCUGGUCCAAAUAUGCCCCCACCCCCCUUUUGUUUGUGUGUUCCAAUUAAUAAUUAAAUUUAAUAAAGUGGAUCGAAUUUGUUUUAAAUAAAUACUUUUUUUCUUAAUUAUUUUUUUCAGACUAGUAGCACCUCUGCUGCUAGCCUGACAUUUCUUUAAAAAUCCUCAUUUUUUAAAGAAAACUAAAUAAAUUUAAGAGAGUCAAAAACAGCACAGCCCAUCUUUGAGAUCAAAUGAGCUUGAGAUGAUAUGGUGUCUAAAGUGUCCUUUUAGAUGUCAAGAAUUCAAAGCAAAUUUCACAUUUUAGGAAAAACAAAAUUAGAAAAACUCUAAUACCGUGAUUUUCAAUUUGACUAAUUUGGAGUAAAUGUAAAAUUCACGACAAUUUACAUCAAAUUGGAAAUAAAAGUCUACAUUCGGUUUACAAAAGUUGAAUUUGAAACUUUCUCUAAUUCAUCAAUAGUCAAAUCCUUCAUAGUCCGAAUUCUUCACGUUUUGAUUCACCGCACUUCACGGUUUAGUUAAUAAUAUCUAAUAACAUACUUAAAGUCUCAGCUUAUAUCACAUUGCUCAAAACUACAGGCUAACUGACCAUAGUAUAUAUACACAUCUACAAUACCAUCCUAAGCCAGCAGUGCUUACGGUAUUUAAACCCUGGAGCGCAGAUAUGUGUUGCUCUGUGCUGAGAGGCUAUGAGUCAUGGCGUUAAAACACACAUAUGAUCGACUUAUCACUUUUGGCGAGUUAAGGGAACAUAUUUUAACAAUCCAUUACCAGAAGAUUGUCGAGUUUGCAUGUAUCUUUUUUUUCCUGUCUGAUUUAUUUGUAUGAUUUUGCAAAAUACAGUAUUUUGACAAAUUUA